AUGAGGUUGUUGGUGAUAUUUGCGUGCGUGAUCGCAGCUCUUGCGCAAGAGUUACCUUUGGCGGAAGAGUGUGACGCCGAGAAAUGUAAGCUACCAGACUGUAGGUGCUCUGGCACCGAUAUUCCUGGAGGUUUCGAGCCACAUAGGAUCCCUCAGUUCGUACUGCUCACAUUCGACGAUGCAGUGACCGUUGGUAAUAUAGAUACUUACCGUUCGCUUCUUGUGGGACGUACAAACUUUAACAAGUGCCAGAUUGGUGCCACUUUCUUCGUUAGCCACGAGUAUACUGACUACCGUUUAUUAAAUGAGCUGUACUCAAAUGGAUUUGAAAUUGCAAUGCACUCGAUAUCUCAUCACAGUCAGGAUUACUUCAGAAAUGCUGAUAAAGAACUUCUCAGAAAAGAAUUUGCAGACCAGAAGACUAUUAUUACUAACUUCGGUGCUAUUCCCGCAGCUUCAGUACAAGGUAUUCGCAUGCCAUUUUUACAAAUGGCGGGCAAUGCAUCCUUUGAAGUUAUGAAAGAGGCCGGUCUUAGAUACGACAUUUCCAUGCCUACCACCCAGUUUGACUACCCUGGUAUGUGGCCGUACACGUUAGACUAUGCCUCGACCCAGGAUUGCAUCAGCGGUCCGUGCCCAACUGCCUCCUUCCCUGGACUCUGGGCAAUUCCUAUGGUAGCAUGGACAGAUCUAGACCAAUUCAAAUGUGCGAUGGUUGACGCCUGUUUCUCUGCACCAGCAGACGAUGAUACCGAAGGUUGGUUUCGCUUCAUCGUACAGAACUUCGAAAGACAUUACCUUGGAAAUCGCGCCCCAUUCGGCUUCUACAUCCACGAGGGCCCAGUGAGGACCAGGCCUGGUCUCCGUGCGGCAUUAGUUAGAUUCCUGGACAUGCUUAGCACAAUAAACGAUGUCGCAUUGGUAACAGCAUCCGAGCUCCUUGACUGGGUGCAGAACCCUGUAUCACUAGCGGAUUACCUUCAGAAACCCUGCAGAGAGGUGACACUUGGACGAAGAUGCAGAUCUGUUACCUGCGUUGGUCUUACAUCUAACCAUACAACGGAACUCCUCAACAUGAACAACUGUCUACGCUGCCCGCGUGUCUACCCUUGGCUUGGUAAUCCACUCGGUGAAUAA